AUGAUCUCCAACUCGACGCGAGAGAAGGCCAAAGCCACCAAGGCCUAUCUGGAGCAGAAGUAUGCGACCAUGAAGCGCGAGCGCGAGGAGAGUCGUGAGCGCCGCAAUACGCUGGAGCAGCAGAUGGCGGCGUUACGCCUCACGGAGCGCAAGAAGGAGCAGUACCGCCAGGAGCUCCGUUCCAAGGAGCUUCAGAGCUUGCGGCAUCAACGUAAGCGCUUGGCCGUUGGAGACUUCCAACCACUCGCCGUUAUCGGCCGUGGUGCCUUUGGAGAGGUUCGUCUCGUGCGCAAGAGAGACAGCGGGGAGAUCUUCGCGCUCAAGUCGCUCGAAAAGAGUGCAAUGGUACUUAAGAACCAGGUGGGUCACGUCAAGGCUGAGCGCGAUAUCUUGGCCAGUGCCGACCAAGACAACAACUGGCUUGUCACGCUACACUACUCGUUCCAGGAUGACCACAGACUGUAUAUGGUCAUGGAAUACUUGCCCGGUGGAGAUCUCAUGGGUCUGUUGAUGAAGGAAGACACGCUGAAUGAGGCCACAACGCGCUUCUACGCUGCGGAGAUGGUGCUGGCCAUCCAGUCUGUGCACGAUCUGGGCUACAUCCAUCGCGACAUGAAACCGGAUAACGUGCUGCUGGAUGCGCACGGACACUUAAAGCUCACAGACUUGGGAUUAUGCAAGAAGAUGGACUCGCGAGUGGACUUGCUGCCGGUCUCGCAGCAUGCUAUGGACCCGGAGCAAGCUGCUGCGGCCGCUGCUGCAGCUACAACAAGAGGAGGAGGCGGCGGUAACAGCGUGGACGCGUCGCGUAGCAAGCCCUUUUCACGUAACAGGCAGGUGGCGUUCAGUACGGUCGGCACGCCCGACUACAUCGCACCGGAAGUGCUGGCCCAGAAAGGAUACGGAAAGGAAUGCGAUUGGUGGUCUAUGGGUGUGAUUCUCUACGAAUGUCUGGUGGGCUACCCUCCGUUCUACGCGGAUGAACCUGUGCAGACGUGUCGAAAGAUCGUCAACUGGAAGCAGUCGUUUGGGUUCCCUCCGGAAGCCAUCGCACGGCUAAGUCCGCAGUGCAUGGACUUUGUCCGGAGACUUAUUUGCAACUCCGAGAAUCGCUUGGGUACAGGUUCCGUUGAGGAGAUCAAGCGACACCCGUGGUUUAACGGGGUGGACUGGUCUACGCUGCGUUCCAUUCGGGCGCCGUAUAUUCCUCCUGGAGGCGGUUCCCAGUUCGACUAUGUGCUGAACCAGCUGCAGGUAAACAACCCCGAGGAAUGCGGUCCGCAGUAUCAGGAACUCGUUCGCCAGAUUACAUCGAACUUCGACGAGUUCACAGAGCCGUGCGAGUUGCCUGCGCCGACGCCAGUUCAAGCGUCAGCAAUGGGUCGCGUUCCUCCUGCAGCGCCGAUCAACGGCGCAGGCCACGACAAUGGCCCAACGGCACAUGAAACAGCGGGACAUGCGAAUGAGGGCGAGCUACCACAGGCUUUUGGGCCGGACGGCAAACCCCUGACGUUCAAUAAGUUCAUUGGCUACACUUACAAGCGCAAACCGCCGGUUCGAAUGGCACUGAACGACGGUCUCUUUGAUAACGGAGCCGCGGCUGUUGGCAACGAGGGUGACCAUUCCUCUGCGCCGCUACACAGAGUUACUCCUCCUGGGAGCUAUGGGGCCCACACGAACGCCGUUCCGGACUCAGCAUCCAGCACGGCGGGAAGUUCCGCAGGUUACGCAUCUCGUCAAAAUUUGGACGGCGGCAGUGAGCGCUACGGCUACCAGUGA